CACCCCGAAUCUCCAAAACAAAUAUCAGUCCGUCUCGAUCUCACUCCCAAUAUCAGCACAGCAGCCCAAAAUGCCAUCUCCCAAAGCCAUCGUUCUCAUCACCGGAGCCAACCAGGGCAUCGGCUUCGCCACGGCACAGCAGCUUGCCAGCACCAGCAACUUCCACGUGCUGGUCGGAGCGCGCUCAGCACUCAAAGCGCAGGCCGCAGUCAAGGAGCUAGAAUCAGUUGCGGUGAAUAAGUCAGCCCUCACGCCCAUCACGAUCGAUGUAACGGACGAUGCAUCGAUCGCGGCCGCAGCCAAGAGCGUGUCGGACGAGUUCGGGCGUUUGGAUAUUCUGAUCAACAACGCCGGUAUUGCGCAGGCCCCGGACACAAAUGGGACCCUGCGCGAGCAGUACCGCCAGAUCUUUGACGUCAAUGUAUUCGGCGUGGCGGUUGUCAUGGAUGCGUUCCUGCCGCUGUUGCGUGCGUCGACGUAUCCCGAUCGUCGUAUUGUCAAUGUCACGUCAGGGCAGGGGUUGAUCAGCAGAGCGGGCAAGAAGGGACAUCCUUCCAAUGCGAAGGCCUAUUUCAUUCCGGACUAUCGCAGCAGCAAAUCAGCUGUCAAUAUGAUCACCGCUGCGUAUUCGGUAAAUCUGGAGGACGAGAAGAUCGCCGUCAUCGCGGCUGCGCCGGGGUACUGUCGUACAAGCCUGACUGAUGGUAAAGGGGCCAAGGAGGCGACGGAUGGCGCCAAAGUCAUUGUGCGCGCCGCCUCGGAGGGCGAUCCGGGUGAGCUGAGUGGCAAGUACAUUGCAGACGAGAGUUGGAGCUUUGGAUGGUGAGAGAUCGUGUAAGGUGGGACAAUAUCAGCUCGGUAUCUCAGGAUAUUAAUGUGGUCGAACGGUCUCUCAUUGUCGACAUCUAUCACCAAGACGAAUAAUAAAAAUAGGGCAAAGGCUAAAAGGCUAAAGUGCACCGUGUUCUCAUCGCCCGGGUAUUUGUUCAUGCCACGAGAACGAAACGCCAUCCAGAAACUCCUUCAUGCUCAAAAGAGCCCCAUGGGCUCAUCAAUGGCCAUCAGCCAAGUGCUGGCAUACAUUAGCAAUUACCGGGUUCUCACUGUUGGAUGGUAUAGAAACACUACUUACCGACCACUCGGGAAUAUUUCGUAUCUGCUGCCACAUAAACUUCUCGAGUUUGUUAGCACUCUUUGCAUAGGGCGUGUUCUCGUUGUUGUAUCUCCGGCAGUUAUCGAAAAUCAACAUGGCAUCUUUGGUGAAGUCUUGUGGUGUUGGG